AUGACAAGCAUUUUGUCUCAUUGUCAUGAUGGAGCAGCUGGAGGUCUCUAUGGUGGAAAUCACACAACAGUAAAGGUUAUGGAUGUCGGUUUCUAUUGUCCUAUUUUGAAUAACGCCGCACAGGCGUAUGUAGCUGCAUGUAACAAGUGUAAAAGGGCAGGUAACAUUAGCAAGAGUGAUGAGAUGCCGUUGUACUCCAUUCUAGUAUGUGAAAUUUUUGACGUUUGGGUCAUUGACUUCAUGAGCCCGUUCCCAUCAUCCUAUUCUUAUGAGUAUAUCCUAGUAGCCAUUGACUAUGUCUCUAAAUGGGUUGAAGCAAUCCCUACUAGGACCAAUGAUGCUCGGGUGGUGUGUGAGUUCUUACGGAAGAACAUCUUUUCCCGCUUUUGGACACCUCGAGUGAUUAUCAGUGACAAUGGGUCUCACUUUGUGAACAAGCAGUUUGCUGCAUUUCUAUCUAAGUACGAGGUCACACACAAUAUAGCAACCUCAUACCAUGCCCAAACUAGUGGGCAAGUUGAAGUGGCUAACCAUGAGCUUAUGUGA